CAUUAAGAAAUGUAGUAAUUAUUUUAUAAAUUCUUUUAAUCAUUCGGUAUCGGAACUUCACUUCGAGUGCCUUCUGUCAGUAUCAUAGAUGUAUUUCGACCACCAGCGGCGACACUGAUUCCUGAAAUUCCAUUUGCUAAAGAUAAAAUGCAAGUCAACGCAGGAGCGCUGAAGCAAAGCCACCGAGUCACAAAACCAUACCACUUCCAUUUCUGGAAGUGCCAUCAGUUCACAAUUUCGGAGAUUAACUUAGCAACCCGUAACUUCAACGAGUCAUUGAUAAUCGGUCAUGGGGGGUUUGGCAUGGUUUACAAAGGAACCAUCACUAAUGGGUCAACUCAUUUGGUUGUGGCCAUUAAGCGCAUGGAUUCAACCUCUAAUCAAGGAGCAGCAGAGUUCUGGAAUGAAGUUCAGAUGCUUUCUAAAUUAAGACACUGCCACUUAGUGUCUUUAAUCGGUUAUUGCAAUCAUGGUGAAGAGAUGAUCCUUGUUUACGAGUAUAUCCCCCAUGGAACCCUUGAAGAUCAUCUUCACAAACUUCAAACUCCGUUAUCCUGGGUUCGACGACUCAAAAUAUGCAUCGGGGUUGCUCGUGGCUUAGAUUAUCUUCACACUGGCACAGGUAUUACGCAUGGUGUUAUACAUCGCGAUGUGAAAACUUCAAACAUAUUGUUAGAUGAUAAUUGGGCUGCGAAGAUUUCCGAUUUUGGAUUGUCGAAACUAGCUCCUAUAAGUCAACCUUUGACUUAUGUCAACACUUUUGUGAAAGACACUUUUGGAUACCUAGAUCCAGACUAUUACGCAACUGGUAGGUUGACAAGAAAGUCAGAUGUGUAUGCGUUUGGGGUAGUAUUACUUGAAGUCCUGAGUGGAAAACGAGCAGUGGAUACAAGUCUUGAUGAUGAGCAUUGGGGAUUAGUAAAUUGGGUUCAAGAAUCUAUGAAAGAAGGUAGGUUAAAGCAAAUUGUUGAUUAUAGUAUAAGAGUGGGAGUGAUGCCUAAAUGUUUGAAGCGGUUUGCACAUCUUGCAAAUCUGUGUGUGCAUAAUAAUCCAAAGCAACGGCCUACAAUGGCUGAGGUUGUGGCAUGCCUUGAGUCUAUACUAGUCUUACAUGAGAAAGUCACAGCCAUGUCGAUGACAAGUUUUUGGGGUAGAAGGUUAAACUCUUUGGAGUUAUACUUUGAUACUGUUGGAGGUGAAAAUAGAAUCUUACGAAGGUUUGAGUUUGAAACUAUUAAUGUUGCAACUGAGAAUUUCGCUAAGGAUAAUAGAAUGUUACGAUGUAGCUUGGCUCCAUUCAUGUACAAGGGAAAGUUACAAAACGGACGAGGAAUAUCAAUUGCUAGAAUAGGUUGUCAAGAUUAUAAAAAUGAAGUGUCAUUAAUGGUAAAACUUCAGCAUGAGAAUUUGCUUCCAUUGAUUGGGUAUUCCAUUGAAGGAAAACAAGUAUUCCUUGUCUAUGACUUUGCAUUCUGUUCCAAUUUACAUCUCUCGAUAAUUGGACUUUUGGACUGGAAUAAGCGCAAGAAUGUAAUAUUGGGUGUUGCUAGGGGACUUCUUUACCUUCACCAGCAUGAUGUAAUACAUGCUAAUGUUAUACCUGGAAACAUUCUUUUAGAUGAAAGUUUCCACCCCAAACUGUCGAAUCUUGAAUUCUCAAGGUGUUUAACAACAAUAAACGAGGCUGUUUUUGUCGAAAUGGGUGCAAUGUGGGAGACCUUUGAUAACCAUUGUAAAAUCUUGUACCCCAUUACCAAUUCGACAUUUUUGAUUGAUAAAGAUGUUGUUAUAGGUAUUAGUAAGCAAGAAGGUGAUCUCAUACGAAUAGGGGAAUAUAUCGCACCAGAAUUGCAUCAGGUUAAUCGUCUGUCAGCUAAGGCUGAUGUGUAUAGUUUUGGUGUCUUGCUUUUGGAAAUCACAAUUGGGUGUCGUAUGUACAACUGCUUAAAACGAAAUGUUUGGAAAAAUUGGAUGGAAGGAACAUCUUCAAAUAUACUUGAUCCUAGAAUUCAUGGCAAUCCAAGUUCCAUAACAAGAUUCAUCCACAUCGGGUUGCUGUGUGUUCAAGAAGAUGCAGAUAAUAGACCAACAAUGGAAGAAGUUGUUGGCAUGCUGACUAACAGUUCAUCCCUCACCUUCCCUAUACCAAAGGAGUAUGUGCCACCAUGGAUGACAGCAAAUGAUUAAAGGUUAUACAUAUUAUAUAAAUGUCUUGUGACUAUGAUUCUAGGUAGUAUGUUGAAAAUAACUGAUACCCGAUUAUCCGAUCCGGCCCGUUUUGAAUUCGGGUAGAUUGGGUCGGGUAAAUCGGGUAUUGAGUUUGGAAAUUCGGGUAAUCAUGUAAUCAGAUAUUUAGAUAGGUCGGGUAGUUGGUAGGUUUAAAAAAAUUUGGGUAUACCCGAAUACACGAUUAAAAAUAUGUUCCUAAAAAAGUUAAUAUUGUAACAUUGAGAAUAUUAAUGAAUCGUAUGCCCAUGAUAGUCAACUUGAAGAAGAAAGACACUGAUCAUCAUAAUAUGUUAAUUUUGGAUGAUGCCGAUCAUGUAUUCAUCUCUUAAGAGAUGACGUCCUAAAUUGGCUACAAAUCAAUGAGUGGCCUGAUGUGGUGGUUUCGAUUUUGCUUUCGGUUAG